GGACCGUCAGUGGCGACUAUGGGCAGAGUGGGCUAUUGGACCCUGCUGGUGCUGCCGGCCCUUCUGGUCUGGCGCGGUCCGGCGCCGAGCGCGGCGGCGGAGAAGGGUUCCCCCGCGCUGAAUAUUGCGGUGAUGCUGGGUCACAGCCACGACAUGACAGAGCGCGAACUUCGAACCCUGUGGGGCCCCGAGCAGGCGGCGGGGCUGCCCCUGGACGUGAACGUGGUAGCUCUGCUGAUGAACCGCACCGACCCCAAGAGCCUCAUCACGCACGUGUGCGACCUCAUGUCCGGGGCACGCAUCCACGGCCUCGUGUUUGGGGACGACACAGACCAGGAGGCCGUGGCCCAGAUGCUGGAUUUUAUCUCCUCCCAGACCUUCAUCCCCAUCUUGGGCAUUCACGGGGGCGCAUCUAUGAUCAUGGCUGACAAGGAUCCGACGUCUACCUUCUUCCAGUUUGGAGCAUCCAUCCAGCAGCAAGCCACGGUCAUGCUGAAGAUCAUGCAGGAUUAUGACUGGCAUGUCUUCUCCCUGGUGACCACCAUCUUCCCUGGCUACAGGGACUUCAUCAGCUUCGUCAAGACCACGGUGGACAACAGCUUUGUGGGCUGGGACAUGCAGAAUGUGAUCACACUGGACACUUCCUUUGAGGAUGCAAAGACACAAGUCCAGUUGAAGAAGAUCCACUCUUCUGUCAUCUUGCUCUACUGUUCCAAAGACGAGGCUGUCCUCAUUCUGAGUGAGGCCCGUUCCCUUGGCCUCACCGGGUAUGAUUUCUUCUGGAUUGUCCCCAGCUUGGUCUCUGGGAACACGGAGCUCAUCCCCAAAGAGUUUCCAUCGGGACUUAUUUCCGUCUCCUACGAUGACUGGGACUACACCCUGGAGGCAAGAGUGAGGGACGGCAUUGGCAUCCUAACCACUGCUGCAUCUUCUAUGCUGGAGAAGUUCUCCUACAUCCCCGAGGCCAAGGCCAGCUGCUACGGGCAGAUGGAGAGACCAGAGAUCCCGAUGCACACCUUGCACCCAUUUAUGGUCAAUGUUACAUGGGAUGGCAAAGACUUAUCCUUCACUGAGGAAGGCUACCAGGUGCAUCCCAGGCUGGUGGUGAUUGUGCUGAACAAAGACCGGGAAUGGGAAAAGGUGGGCAAGUGGGAGAACCAGACGCUGAGCCUGAGGCACGCCGUGUGGCCCAGGUACAAGUCCUUCUCCGACUGUGAGCCGGAUGACAACCAUCUCAGCAUCGUCACCCUGGAGGAGGCCCCGUUCGUCAUCGUGGAAGAUAUAGACCCCCUGACCGAGACGUGUGUGAGGAACACUGUGCCGUGUCGGAAGUUCGUCAAAAUCAACAAUUCAACCAAUGAGGGGAUGAAUGUGAAGAAAUGCUGCAAGGGGUUCUGCAUUGAUAUUCUGAAGAAGCUUUCCAGAACUGUGAAGUUUACUUACGACCUCUACCUGGUGACCAAUGGGAAGCACGGCAAGAAAGUUAACAAUGUGUGGAAUGGAAUGAUCGGUGAAGCUGGAGUGCAGUGGCCGGUCAUGGCGGUUGGUUCUCUCACCAUCAAUGAGGAACGUUCUGAAGUGGUGGACUUCUCUGUGCCCUUUGUGGAAACGGGAAUCAGUGUCAUGGUUUCAAGAAGUAAUGGCACCGUCUCACCUUCUGCUUUUCUAGAACCAUUCAGCGCCUCUGUCUGGGUGAUGAUGUUUGUGAUGCUGCUCAUUGUUUCUGCCAUAGCUGUUUUUGUCUUUGAAUACUUCAGCCCUGUUGGAUACAACAGAAACUUAGCCAAAGGGAAAGCACCCCAUGGGCCUUCUUUUACAAUUGGAAAAGCUAUAUGGCUUCUUUGGGGCCUGGUGUUCAAUAACUCCGUGCCUGUGCAGAAUCCUAAAGGGACCACCAGCAAGAUCAUGGUAUCCGUAUGGGCCUUCUUUGCUGUUAUAUUCCUGGCCAGCUACACAGCCAAUCUGGCUGCUUUCAUGAUCCAGGAGGAAUUUGUGGACCAAGUGACUGGCCUCAGUGACAAAAAGUUUCAGAGACCUCAUGACUAUUCCCCACCUUUUCGAUUUGGGACAGUGCCUAAUGGAAGCACGGAGAGAAACAUUCGGAAUAACUAUCCCUACAUGCAUCAGUACAUGACCAAAUUUAAUCAGAAGGGAGUAGAGGAUGCCUUGGUCAGCCUGAAAACGGGGAAGCUGGAUGCUUUCAUCUAUGAUGCCGCGGUCUUGAAUUACAAGGCCGGGAGGGAUGAAGGCUGCAAGCUGGUGACCAUCGGGAGUGGGUACAUCUUUGCCACCACCGGUUAUGGAAUUGCCCUUCAGAAAGGCUCUCCUUGGAAGAGGCAGAUCGACCUGGCCUUGCUUCAGUUUGUGGGUGAUGGUGAGAUGGAGGAGCUGGAGACCCUGUGGCUCACGGGGAUCUGCCACAACGAGAAGAACGAGGUGAUGAGCAGCCAGCUGGACAUUGACAACAUGGCGGGCGUGUUCUACAUGCUGGCCGCGGCCAUGGCCCUUAGCCUCAUCACCUUCAUCUGGGAGCACCUCUUCUACUGGAAGCUGCGCUUCUGUUUCACGGGCGUGUGCUCCGACCGGCCUGGGUUGCUCUUCUCCAUCAGCAGGGGCAUCUACAGCUGCAUUCAUGGAGUGCACAUUGAAGAAAAGAAGAAGUCUCCAGACUUCAAUCUGACAGGAUCCCAGAGCAACAUGUUAAAACUCCUCCGGUCAGCCAAAAACAUUUCCAACAUGUCCAACAUGAACUCCUCAAGAAUGGACUCACCCAAAAGAGCUGCUGACUUCAUCCAAAGAGGUUCCCUCAUCAUGGACAUGGUUUCAGAUAAGGGGAAUACGAUGUACUCGGACAACAGGUCCUUUCAGGGGAAAGAGAGCAUUUUUGGAGACAACAUGAACGAACUCCAGACAUUUGUGGCCAACCGGCACAAGGAUAACCUCAAUAACUACGUAUUCCAGGGACAACAUCCUCUCACUCUCAAUGAGUCCAACCCUAACACGGUGGAGGUGGCUGUGAGCACAGAAUCCAAAGUGAACUCUAGACCCCGGCAACUUUGGAAGAAAUCCAUGGAUUCCAUACGCCAGGAUUCACUAUCCCAGAAUCCAGUCUCCCAGAGGGAUGAGGGAACAGCGGAGAAUAGGACCCACUCCCUAAAGAGCCCUAGGUAUCUUCCAGAAGAGAUGGCCCAUUCUGACGUUUCAGAAACGUCAAAUCGGGCCACGUGCCACAGGGAACCUGACAACAGUAAGAACCACAAAACCAAGGACAACUUUAAAAGGUCAGUGGCCUCCAAAUACCCCAAGGACUGUAGCGAGGUCGAGCGCACCUACCUGAAAACCAAAUCAAGCUCCCCCAGAGACAAGAUCUACACUAUUGAUGGUGAGAAGGAGCCUGGUUUUCACUUAGAUCCACCCCAGUUUGUUGAAAAUGUGACCCUGCCCGAGAACGUGGACUUCCCAGACCCCUACCAGGAUCACAGUGAAAACUUCCGCAAGGGGGACUCCACGCUGCCAAUGAACCGGAAGCCCUUGCAUAAUGAAGAGGGGCUUCCCGACACCGAGCAGUAUAAACUCUACUCCAAGCACUUCACCUUGAAAGACAAGGGUUCCCCACACAGCGAGACCAGCGAGCGAUACCGGCAGAACUCCACGCACUGCAGAAGCUGCCUUUCCAACCUGCCCACCUAUUCAGGCCACUUCACCAUGAGGUCCCCCUUCAAGUGCGAUGCCUGCCUGCGGAUGGGGAACCUCUAUGACAUCGAUGAAGACCAGAUGCUUCAGGAGACAGGUAACCCAGCCACCCGGGAGCAGGUCUACCAGCAGGACUGGGCACAGAACAAUGCCCUUCAAUUACAAAAGAACAAGCUAAGGAUUAGCCGUCAGCAUUCCUACGAUAACAUUGUCGACAAACCUAGGGAGCUAGACCUUAGCAGGCCCUCCCGGAGCAUAAGCCUCAAGGACAGGGAACGGCUUCUGGAGGGAAAUUUUUACGGCAGCCUGUUUAGUGUCCCCUCAAGCAAACUCUCGGGGAACAAAAGCUCCCUUUUCCCCCAAGGUCUGGAGGACAGCAAGAGGAGCAAGUCUCUCUUGCCAGACCACACCUCCGAUAACCCUUUCCUCCACUCCCACAGGGAUGACCAACGCUUGGUUAUUGGGAGAUGCCCCUCGGACCCUUACAAACACUCGUUGCCAUCCCAGGCGGUGAAUGACAGCUAUCUUCGGUCGUCCUUGAGGUCAACGGCAUCGUACUGUUCCAGGGACAGUCGGGGCCACAAUGAUGUGUAUAUUUCGGAGCAUGUUAUGCCUUAUGCUGCAAAUAAGAAUAAUAUGUACUCUACCCCCAGGGUUUUAAAUUCCUGCAGCAAUAGACGUGUGUACAAGAAAAUGCCUAGUAUGGAAUCUGAUGUUUAAAAAUCUUCCAUUAAUGUUUUAUCUAUAGGGAAACAUACGUAAUGGCCAACGUUCUGGAGGGUAAAUGUUGGACGUCCAAUAGUGCCCUGCUAAGAGAAAGAAGAUGUAGGGAGGUAUUUUUUUGUUGUUGUUGGCUCUUUUGCACAUGGCUUCAUGCCAUAAUUUUCCACUCAAGGAAUCUUGUGAGGUGUGUGUGCUGAGCAUGGUGAGUCCUUAACCAAAAAUAACUAACUACAUAAGGGCAAGUCUCCGGGACAUGCCUACUGGGUAUGAUGGCAAUAAUGAUGCAUUGGAUGCCAAUGGUGAUGUUAUGAUUUCCUAUAUUCCAAAUUCCAUUAAGGUCAGUCCACCAUGUAAUUUUCUCAUCAGAAAUGCCUAAUGGUUUCUCUAAUUCAGAAUAAGCAAUAUGGUAUGCAUGUAAACCUGACACAGACAAAAUAAAAACAGUUAAGAAUGCAUCUGCACUGUAGUGAGAUUGACAUGUGCAAGAGAUUAGGAAGUGUGGCUCGUAACAGUUUCAGCUUUCUCGUUAUGCCUUCCAUCACAGCCCAGGCUCACCCCAAGAACUCCAGGCUCCCCCAAA